AUGGCGCAAAACAGUUCGCGAAGGAUUGAUGAGUUCCUCCUCGAUAACAUUCACCUGCAAGGGUCUCUCGAAACUCAUUGCAACCAGGGGGAGAUGCAGAUCGUCAACUGUAUCGCAGCUGCUAUUGUGGUUGGCUUGGCCAGCGCCACACGUAGCUUCCACAACGCUUCCAUCGACUACCCAGAAUAUGGCUUCCCUCUGCUGCAGGAUGUCAAUGACACUGAGCUGCUGUUCCCUAUGCCAGCAUGUCACGGCUUUGUGAUUGCAGAGAAGAGCAUUGAGGAACUCCAGGAGUACAUGUCUUCUGGAAACCUCACUUCUGUUCAACUUACAAGCUGCUAUCUCCAAAGACUCUUCCAAACUCAUGUGUUCGACAUUGCUGCAGCCAUGGACGAGGAGCGCCGCCAUGGCAAGGUCCGUGGUCCUCUGCAUGGUAUUCCAUUUGCGGACAAGAUGCAGACGACUGCUGGAUCGUGGGCAUUGCAAGGAUGCAUUGUACCCCGUGAUGCAUACGUCGUGAGCAACCUUCGCGCAGCUGGUGCUGUGCUGUUCGGUAAAGCUACUCUGUCCGAGUGGGCAGACAUGCGCUCCAACUAUUAUUCGGAAGGAUACUCUGGCCGUGGUGGAGGUAGCAGUUCUGGAAGCGGUGUUGGUGUAGCAGCCAAUGUCUUCCCAUUCGCUCUCGGUACUGAGACUGACGGUUCUGUGAUCAACCCUGCUCAGCGCAACGCCAUUGUUGGUUUCAAACCGACCGUUGGCCUGACUUCGCGUGGUGGCGUCAUCCCUGAAUCCUUGAACCAGGACACCGUCGGUGCUUUUGGUAAGACUGUUCGCGAUGUGACUUACGUCCUCGACGUUAUCCACGGUGUGGACGUUCACGACAACGAGACUUCUGCUCAGAUUGGCAAGACACCCAAGGGUGGUUAUGCACAGUUCUUGACCAACAGAACCGCACUCAAGGGAGCCACUUUCGGCAUUCCAUGGAACAGCUUCUGGGUAUAUGCUGAUCCUCACGAGCAAGAGGUUCUCCUUGAGUUGGUCUCUCUGAUCGAGUCUGCUGGCGCCACCAUCGUUAACAACACUGAACUCCCAUACUACAAGACCAUUGUUUCUCCUGACGGCUGGAACUGGGACUACGGUAGCACUCGCGGCUACCCCAAUGAGAGCGAGUACACCUACAUCAAGGUUGAUUUCUACAACAACAUCCGUACCUACCUGGCCGAUCUCAACAACACAAACAUCCGCUCGCUCGAGGACCUUGUGCAGUUCAACUACGACAACGACGGCACUGAGGGUGGUUACCCUUAUGCCAACGGUAGCGGUAUCCCUGCUUUCACUUCCGGUCAAGAUGGUUUCUUGGCCUCGCUAGCCACCAAAGGAGAGAAGAACGCAACUUACUGGUCCGCACUCAACUUCUGCCGCUACACAACCCGCGAGGCAGGUAUCGAUGCCAUCCUCGCCAUGGGCCCCAACGGCACCCAGCUCGAUGGUAUCUUGGUUCCUCCGGAUGUCGCUCAGGCACCUCAGAUUGCCGCUCAGGCUGGUUACCCUAUGCUGACCUUGCCUGCCGGCACCCAUGAGAAUGGUAUGCCGUUCGGUCUUGCACUCAUGCAGACUGCAUUCGCAGAGGACAAGCUUGUCAAGUGGGGAUCAGCUAUUGAGGAUCUGCAGGCCAGUUCCAACACACCGAACAAGCGCACUCUUCCUCAAUGGCGCGACUACCUGGUCAGAAACAUCCCCGUCACCUAA